AUGAGGUUCCGACUGGGACUUGUAAGCCGUUUGAGAACUCGAUGGUAUCUCAUCCGUAGUAUUGGAACAUCUCCCAGAACGCCUGGUGCCGCUUUGGAAGAGCUCGAACAGAGAGGUUUUAUAGCGGCUCUCACCAAUCCAAAACUCCGAGACCACUUAACGACCCCACGAACCAUCUAUGCCGGUAUAGACCCUUCGGCCUCUUCAUUACAUGUCGGGAAUCUUUUACCCCUCUUUGGACUCUUACACCUCUAUAAGGCUGGACAUAACAUCAUUCCUUUAAUAGGAGGUGCGACAGGUCCUAUUGGUGAUCCCUCUGGUCGAAAAUCCGAACGCACAUCUCUCUCUCCAGAACAACUGGCAGACAACGCUAGUAAGAUAACCACCCAAGUCGAGCAUUUCCUCGAGCAUGGAAGAAUACUCGCUUCCCGACGUUCUGCUGAGACCCACCCUCUCCCUCCCUCCAGUCAUUAUGGAAAAGUGGAGGUAUUGAAUAAUCUCGAUUGGUUCAAAGACAUCCGUUUUCUAGAGUUUCUCAGCGAUGUGGGAAAAUUGGCCAGAGUCAACAUCAUGCUCGCUAGAGAGAGGCAAAAAUAUCUGACACUCAGUGUAAAAAAUCGAUUGAACUCAUAUUCCGGUAUUUCAUUCACAGAGUUUUCUUAUCAACUCUUGCAAGCAUAUGACUUUCUUCAUUUGUAUCGGAAACAUGGAUGUACGGUCCAACUUGGUGGUUCGGAUCAAUGGGGGAAUAUCGUAGCUGGUAUAGAUCUGAUCAAAAGGGGGAAGAAAGUGGAAACAGAAGUCGCUAUGAAGGUAGAAGAGAGUGAUGAUGAGACUCAAGUGUAUGGGUUGACGAUACCACUUUUGACCACUAGUAAUGGUGAAAAGUUUGGGAAAAGCGCUGGGAAUGCAAUUUGGUUGGAUGAAAGUUUGACCAGUGUUUCGGAGUUUUACCAAUUCUUCUAUCGAACAGAAGACGCAGAUGUCGAACGAUAUUUAAAAUUACUCACUUUCAUUCCUCUACCUCAAAUCGAGGAGAUCAUGCGGGAACACGGGGUGAGUUCAUUGUCAAAAAAUGUCGGUCAGUUGAAACUUGCUCGGGAACUGACCGAAUUGGUACAUGGUGAAGAAGGAGUAUCUCGCGCGGAAACAAUAGCCAGAAUACUCUAUCAUACACCUUUAAGAGAACUAAAAAGCGAUCAAGUUCUACAAGCUUUUCGUGGUGAUCCACGUUUUCAUCGAGUCGAUAGGCGAAAUGUGACAACUCAAACAAUGACUAAAUUAGCUGUAUUGUACGGUUUGGUUCGUUCUAGAGGUCAGUCUACACGAGCUGUUCAAACUCGUGGACUCUACUUGAACGAAUUCCUCAUCACCGAUCCUCGUUCUAAACUCAGCAGAAGUAAUCUGAUUGAUCAACAUAUCGGUAUACUUCGAGUAGGAACGAGAAAACAUGUUAUAUUCUAUGUCGAUUGA